AUGUCUAAACAUCCCGUUCAGAGACUGGCGCAAGACGAGGCGCUCGAGAGCAGCAGCGAUGAUUUCGAGGAGAAGCUGGAAGCCUUCAAUGCUCUGGGGACGAAGGGCAACAUGAAGCAAUUCCUCGUUGAACUGAACGCCACCAUCCCCAGGUCCAAGGACCAAUCCGCCGAGUUGCCUGCAACGAACACUCCUACAACACCCUCAGCGAAUCGCCCAGCAGCGGCGCCACAGUCAGCGGCACCAAAGCGCGUGAAGCGUGCCACGCGAACGGAACAGAGCGAAGAUGUUGGCGACAAGACCAUUGACGAUUCCCAAGACACGAUGCCAGGUAUGCUCUCGCGUCUGUUUGUGACAGACGCAGUGCAGCUUUCGACACCCAUACUGGCCUGUCUCAACGCCCUGGGGUCUCCGCUGAGUGCUGUCGCGGUGCAGAAGCAGGACAGCGAAGACUUGACGACCAGACUUUCUCCGUUGGUUGAGCCCAUCUCCACCCUCAUCACGGCUCGGGACUCCAUCAUUCCGACACACAGCCAUCUCGAUAAUUUCGGUCGGUUAGCUGUUGCACUCCGCAAGCACCCGAUCACUGCCCCGGCCUACCUUGGACCCUUCCUCGCCAGUCUACACUUCACGCUUGUCGAGAGCCAAGAGGACGCAGAAGAGUCGGGGGACACCAGCGCGAGCCACCAAGAGGCUGCAGUCUCAGCUGAGCUAGACGUCCUCUCAAACGAGGUCAAUCGCGCUUUCGAUGUAUGGAGUUCCAAAUUCCCCCCGCCACCUUCCGACUCGUUGUUGUACCUAGUGGACUUUGACAAGGAUGAGAGGGUAACACUCAGAGCAUUUGGGAGAAAGUACAUUACGAAGAACCCCGAGCUCGGCAAGAGGGAGGCGGCGAGAGCUGUCUUGCUCGCUGCCUACACAGAAAUCUUGGCAAGCUGGCCGGUCGGACAAGGGGGGUCGCUGGCGUCGGCAAAGAGCGUGUUGGUAAAGGCAAGGAAGAACGUCAAUCUACUCAAGGGCAAGCCUCCGUCUACCAAGAGUCCUAACUGUGAGGUGGGUGACAAGGAGGAAGAAGGGGAGAAGACGGACAAGCCGAAUGCGCUAAGACAGAUGCCAGUGGUAAUCGACGACGACGGUGACGACAAGGAGGAAUACGAAGGGGCGGACAAGCCGAAGGCGCGAAGACGGAUGCCAGUGGUGGCCGAGGUCGGCGAGGAGGAGGAGGAGGAUCAGGAUUUAGUCACUAUCGCUGGGAAAUAG